CUCAUCUCCUCCUCUUGGUUUGUCUUGGUAAUCAUGACUGACUCCUCCAAGCCUUGGAGACCAUUCGCUGCAAAUUGUUGUUCAGCUGAUGACCAAACAAUUUUUGCCAAUUUCAGCCGUUGCAGGCCAUCCAGAUCUGACUUCUCCAAGAACAUUGCUCCAUUACCAUCGUUUCGACGAUUGUCCUACUCUGAUCUUAGUCGUUCAUCGUCCACGCGCAUCACCGAGGAUCUUGCACAAUCCUUUGGGCCUGAUUUGUACGAUUUCCAGCUAAGCGAGCUGCGGGCAAUAACCCAGAAUUUUUCGAGCAAUUAUCUGUUAGGAGAAGGUGGGUUCGGGACUGUGCAUAAAGGCUACGUGGAUCACAAUUUUAGGCAGGGUUUGAAGGCUCAAGCUGUAGCUGUCAAGCUGUUGGACAUUGAAGGCCUCCAAGGACACCGUGAAUGGCUUGCAGAAGUAAUAUUCUUGGGGCAGCUUCGGCAUCCACACUUGGUCAAAUUGCUUGGCUAUUGCUGUGAGGAAGAACAACGUCUUCUUGUGUAUGAGUUCAUGCCCAGAGGCAGUUUGGAGAAUCAUUUGUUCAAAAGGAUCUCAACAUCAUUGCCUUGGGGCAUCAGACUGAAGAUUGCCAUUGGAGCCGCAAAAGGGCUUGCAUUCCUGCAUGGGGCUGAGAAUCCUGUCAUAUAUCGUGACUUCAAAACUUCCAAUAUCUUGGUUGAUUCUGAUUUUUCAGCAAAAUUAUCGGAUUUUGGACUGGCCAAGAUGGGGCCUGAGGGCUCAAACACGCACGUCACAACUCGCGUUAUGGGCACCUAUGGUUAUGCCGCCCCAGAAUAUGUAUCAACAGCACAGUAUAAUCAGUUUCCAGCCGGUGGACAGGAACUGAUGACAGACACUAUUCCAUGAAUAAAUUAUAUUCAGGUCACUUGACGACGAAGAGUGACGUUUACAGCUUUGGAGUGGUACUAUUAGAAUUGCUUACAGGGAGAAGAUCAGUGGAGAAGUCAAGGUCUAAGAACGAGCAAAUCCUUGUCG